GCAGCACACUCUCAAUGGAGUAGCACUCGUGGAUGAGCUGUAGAGGCGCUGAAUGCUUCAUGAUAUCCUGGGUCAUUAAGGGCGGGUUGAAAACGAUUGGACGCAGUAACAGCGAGUGAGAGGGCCUGACCGGCGGCGCUAAACACUCCUGGAGCACUACAUGAUACAUGAUAUAAAAAAAAGAAAGAAAUUACUGGUGGAAACCAAUCCCUAGUGUGUCCCUUUGUGUCCUUUCCUCAAGACGUUUAGCUGACAUGGGUAAUGGAAUAAAUAAGAUCCUGCCUGAUCUGUAUCUCGGAAAUAUCAAAGAUGCUCGAGACAGGGAGGUGUUGGCGCAGCACAACAUCACCCACAUCCUGUCCAUCCACGACACAGCUGCACCCAUCCUGGAGGACAUGACGUACCUGUGUAUAUCUGCUGCUGACCACUCAAAGCAAAACCUGAUCCAGUACUUCAGAGACAGCAUCAUGUUCAUCCACGAGUCCCGACUGAAAGGAGACGGCUGCCUCGUUCACUGUGUGGCAGGAGUGUCCCGCAGUGUGACCCUGGUGGUGGCGUACAUCAUGACGGUGACGGGUCGGGGCUGGGUGGAGUCUCUGGCGGCGGUGAGGGCGGCGCGGCCGUGUGCGGGGCCCAACCUAGGCUUCCUCCGGCAGCUGGAGGAGUUUGAAAACACAGAACUGACAGAAUAUGACGCCUGGUGGAAGGAACGAUACGGGAAGAACUCGUUCAACGAUGACGAGGAGAUGGAAAACCUUUUAACUCGGAAAACCAACAGCGGCAGCAGCAGCAAGAGCAUAACAGGCAGCAUCACACCUGAGCUGGGCACAAGUGGCACCUGAAAGAAAUGUCUUCUAAGAGUCUCGUCUUUCCUGAAAUCAGGCAGCUGAAGUACAGCGAUCAUUAUCAUUAUUAUAAUUAUCAUCAGCUCUUUUUCUUCAUCAUCAACCCUGCAGAGUAAAGCUACAGCAGGGACUUGUUCUGUAUCCAUAUUACGAUGAAUCUCAUGUUUGCAGAAAGGCUGAGGAGUCAUGUGAAUGUGGGGGGGGGGGAUUUUUUUUUUAUGCCACUAUCUCAGCCCCUCUCUUGUUAUGUUAUGUCCUAGCCUCUAACUGUCAAAAACACAUGCAAGGGCAGUCAAGCAUGAUGCCAAGGAAAUAUGUACAUACAGUCCACAGUGAGAACACACAUUUAGUUCCCUCCCCCUGGUUAGUUAUGUUAUGUUGUGUUGACUUGACAUAUGAGUAUUACGUGCUGUAGACAGUGUGGAAGCUGAAAAAUACUGUAUCAGUAUCCAGUAAAAGAGUACCUGAAGCAGUAUUUAUAUAAAUCAGUUUCAUUCCUUAAUGGUUUUUUGUUUUGUUUUGUUG